AUGGCCAUCCCACUCCCCAUUCUUCCCAAGCCCAGCUGCGCCCCUCCUGAGACAAAUGAAGAAGCGUGUAGAAGAGCAGAGGGGGAGAAGAGCCUGAAAAUGACUGAACACAGCGGAGGGAGAUGCCGCUUCGCCAUGGCAAUGACUGUGAGUACCAACAAAAAGUUCAGGAGGAUGCUAAAUGGCUUUCAAAACCAGGACCCCGGAAGGGGACGGUGCUCCAAGGAGCCCACUUGGCUGUGGAUUGGAGAGAAAGGCCGUGUGACUCCCAUGAAGAAUCAGGCUGAGUGUGGUUCUUGUUGGGCUUUUAGCGCCACUGGUGCCCUCGAAGGACAGAUGUUCCGGAAAACUGGCAAACUUGUCUCGCUGAGUGAGCAGAACCUGGUGGACUGCUCUCGCGCUCAGGGCAAUGAGGGCUGCAGGGGUGGCCUAAUGGAUAAUGCCUUCCAGUAUGUCAAGGACAACCAAGGCCUGGACACAGAGGAAUCCUAUCCAUAUCUCAAUGGAAUCUGCAGAUGUAGGCCUGAGAAUUCUACUGCCAAUGACCCUGACUUCAUUAAUAUUCAUAAGCAAGAGAGGUUCCUUAUGAAGAAAAUGGCAAUUGUGGACUCAUCUGUCACUAUGGAUGCAGGUCAGUAUAGCUUUCAGUUCUACAAAGAAGAGGAGUAG